GGAGUUUGUUCGCCAGAGGGAUGAGAACAAUAGGAUGGGGUUGGGAAGAGGGUCUUCUAGAGACUCUGAAUUAUGGCUCUGAUGAGCUAUGGAAGCUCAGCGACAACUUUGCAAGAUUUUUGUCUUCGUUACAACUCAUCUGUUUCUAUGAAACCAAAAAGACUUCUAUAUUUGGGGUUAAUACCCUUCUUGUCAACGAACAGUCGGCAUCAAUUCAUGGAGUGCGGAGGGUCUCGCUCGAUUGUGAUCACUCCCAGAUGAAUAAGUUUGCCUUCUGGGACGACCCUAAUUAUAUUAAAGUUCUUCAAGAAUUGAAGCGCAUUAUCACUCAAGCAUUCGAAGAAAAACCCCCAUCCCCUGAAGAAGAGAACAUUUUGAAGAGGUUACUAUCACCAGCUGUGGAGUCCGACUCUCCACAUGAAGAAUGUCUAAAAGGAACUCGUGAGGACAUCCUCGCCGAAAUCGAUGCAUGGACACUUGAUCUAAAUUCCCCUAAUAUCCUCUGGAUUCAAGGCUACCCUGGAGCAGGAAAAUCGGUCAUAGCCUCGACUUUCGUUUCUCGACUACAACGAUCAGGGCGACUUGGAUCAUCUUUCUUCUUCCAGAGGGAAAAAGACGUUUUGACCACCAUGAAUGCGUUAUGGAAGAAAGUAGCUUUUGAUAUCUCACGUCGAUAUACGUCCGUGAGAGCGCUUGUGGUUGCCAAGCUACGAGAAGUGGAACAUUAUUCGAAUAGGGGUGACAUCAACACUUUAUUUCGCGAGAUCAUACACGAACCUUUGGAAAAUAGUGGAGAUAUACCAAUCGAAAAACUUCCUAUCGUGGUAAUCGAUGCCCUAGAUGAAUGCGGAGGACUUGAAGGGGCGAAAUCAACCCAGCGAACACGACUGGUGCGAACACUCGAAUUAUGGUCCAAAUUACCCAAGAGAUUCAAGCUCAUUGUAACGAGUAGACAAGAAUUCGAUAUUAGGAGAGUCUUCCAAAAGACGGACCACUGUCCCCUUGAUAUAUCAGUUGGUCACAAUGAAAGCUCAUUUAAAGACAUCAAGUCAUUCCUCGAAUAUCGUUUCACAUCAAUCACCAAUCAAUACACGUCACUCUCUGAUGAGGAAUGGCCCGGACUGCAAAUCAUUGAUAAAUUAGCAACUAAGGCCGCCGGAUUGUUCAUUUGGGCGGAGACAGUCGUCAAGUUCAUUCAUCAAGGGGAUCCAAAGACUCGAUUGAAUCGAAUCCUGGAAGGAAACAACUCCGGCGUAGUAGAUCUAUAUUCACGUAUCCUCGAUACAUCCUUACCCUCUCCAGAUGCAGAGACAAUGCAGGCUUUUCAUGCGAUCGUUGGAACG